CGAGAGAUUCAACUCUUUACGUCACUGCAGGUUUCACGUGGUGCUUCUAAACAUCAUGGCGGCUGGUUUCAAAACCGCAGAGCCUCUUGAAUAUCACAGGAGCUUUUUGAAAGAAAACUGUCGUCCAGAUGGAAGAGAAUUGGGAGAGUUUAGACCCACAACCUUAAAUAUUAGCUCCAUAACUACAGCCGAUGGAUCAGCAAUGGUGAAGAUUGGAAACACCACAGUAAUCUGUGGGAUAAAAGCUGAAUUAACUACGCCACCCUCUGAUGCUCCAAAUAAAGGAUAUAUAGUCCCAAAUGUAGAUCUGCCUCCACUGUGCUCGUCUAGAUUCAGACCCGGACCACCAGGAGAACAGGCUCAGGCCGCCAGCCAAUUUAUCGCAGACGUCAUUGAGAGUUCAGAUUUAAUAAAUAUGGAGGAAUUGUGCAUUGAAAAAGCUAAGCUUUGUUGGGUGCUGUACUGUGAUAUCAUGUGUUUGGAUUACGAUGGGAACUUACUUGACGCCUGCAUCAUAGUUUUGCUGGCAGCUUUAAAGAACGCCCAACUUCCUGAAGUCACUGUAAACAAAGAGACAGAUUUAGCAGAAGUCGACAUCCGGAAGAAGAGACACUUGAAGAUCAGCCGGCACCCAGUUGGCUCAUCGUUUGCAGUAUUUGAUGAUUCCAUCAUCAUCGUCGACCCCACGGCGGAAGAGGAAAGCUUGUCUACAGCAUUAAUGACUGUGGUAACAGACGAGGAGGAUCGACUCUGUGCCGUCCACAAACCAGGUGGGACGUCGUUAUCCGGUGAGAAGCUACAACACUGCAUCAAUCGAGCCAUAACGAGAAACAAAGAGAUCAGCAAACUAGUGGACAAAGUCAUCGGGAGCAUGAAGACGACGAAAUAAACACACACACAGUCGUGACAUUUUUAUCUAAAAGUUGUAUUUUUCACUGUCAAUAUAUACUUUCUUUUUUAUCACAAUAAAACUGCCGACAAAGAUCA